CCAUUGACUUUCAAAAAAGAAGUGCUUUUGGAUUACUUGGAGUGCAUUUUUAUAAUAUUUAUGUUUGGAUUGAAUUUUAGGUGAUAAAAUGGUUUACUUACUUUAUAUACAAAUAUAAUUCAAAAUUAGCGUUUGAUUUGUAAAGGUAGGAGGAUAUAGAUAUAUAGCACUCAUGGGAAAAAUAAAAAAACCAAAAGUAGUAAUUCCUCGGAGUGAAUCAACUACACAACCAUCACUAAAAGCUGAUUGUGUUUCUGAUGUAAACUCUAUUAUGAAGAGUAUGAAAAAUCAUACAAACAAAAUGAGAACUGUUGUAUCUCACAAAUCUGUAGAAUCCUGCAAAUCCUUUGGUAGAAUAAUUAAGAAAAAAGAUAAACUAAAUAUUAAACGUAAAUUUUUGAUGAAAAAAAUUGAUGUUGUCAAUGAGUCUAAGAAGCAAGCAAAGAUUCGAGAAAAGCGAAAAAAUGUUUCUGUAAUAGGAGACACAAAUCCAUUACUUGAUGCUUUACCUUCUAUAGAAGAUCUAAUUAGAAGUAAAUCCAAAAGUAAUAACAUGUUACCCAAAGAAUCUAUAAAAAAUAGAGGAAUUGGAAAAGCUAGGCAAAGAAAAAAGAAACUAAUUGAAGAUAUGGCUGUUUUUAAAAGAAUACUCAAAAAUAAAACAUUUUCUACCAAUCCAUUUGAUAUCAUUUCCAAUCAUCUACAAGCUAUGGUUCAAGAAGAACGUAAUAAACUUAGGACCAAGUCUUAAUUUAUCUUCUCCCUUAUUCUGUUCUUUGGAUUGCACAAAAUCAAACUGUUUCUUAUAUUUAUGAUUAUAUUAAAGUUGCUUUCACAAUUA